UUAAAACCAAAAAUAUGUAAAAAUCACUAAUGCGCUCAAAUUAAAAAUGUAAUGAUAAAAUAUGGGGGGUGAAUUGAAUGGAAUCUUAAACAAGAGGGGUCUUUUUGUAAAGUUUUACUUUAUUUUAUUUUCCCCUCCUUCGUUGGCUCUGGACAAAAGAUUGCUGGUGGAUUCGAAGAAUCUCUUCACGGUCGGUUCUUGACGACGGAAUCGCGCUCUUAAUCCUACUCUGUAUCUUCGCCGGUAUCACCUCAUCAAUCGCACAUUUCUCCGUUUGAUUUUGUAUCAGUUUUUCUCUUUGUAAAUCUGAAAUUUUUUUGAGGGAAAAUCAUGAAUUCGAACUUCGGGAAGAGAUCAUCCGGGUCGACCAAUAGCUUUGAUUUCGAUCUCGGGCUCGGAUCGAGCCAAGGCAGACCUCUGAAUGGCCAGAAGAGCCAAACAUCUUCCUAUUCAAGCUCGAAUUCGCAGCCGAGACCUGCGUGGCAGCCUGGUAAGCCGUCGUGGACGCAUCAACCGGCGCCGAAGCAGACGACGAUCCGAUCCGAGAUCGGAAGUGGACCGACUUCAAUGGUCGGCGAUAUCCACGGGAAGACGUGGGGUUCAUCUACCGGAUCGGGUUCUGGUAUUGGGAUCGUGAUCAAGGACCCGAGCUUGUUCGGAGAUCUGGUUGGAUCAGCCAUAGGAAAAAGCAGCGGAAACGUGCCGUUGAAGAAAGCACCACCUGCUUCAGCUUCAGGUUCGAACAAGAGCUCUUAUUCCAUGGGGAAUUUGGCCGAUUCGUUGCCAAAACCGGGUAAUUCGACGACAGGUGGCGGUGGCUGGGGCUAUGGCAGUAAACCGGGUGGUUUUUCAGGCGGUUACGCAAGCUCCGGUGGUAUGAAUCCCGGUGUUAAUGCUAAUAGCAGCAAUAAGACUCCAAAUCUCGGAGGUCCUUCAAUGAAAAGUAUGUCCGGGAGCAACCUGAGUGGAUCAGGUCUUCCUUCGAACGGUGAUCCGUUUGGUUCUUUGCUCGGUUUCGGGUCAAAACCAUCAGGAAGCAAAACCGGGAAGGCGAACAACAACAACACACAGAGCGAUGCGUUUGGGAAAUCGCAGAGUUCGUUCCAAUCUACUCCGAACGGUGGCGGUUCCGCGGGAUCAACCGCGCAAAACAACGACUUUGCGGGUUUCCAGAACGCGGCGAAAUCAAACGCGUUCUCAACGAGUAGCUUCGAUGCUUUUGGUGAGCAGUCAAGUGGUCCUCAACACUCAAGUGCAAACGAUGAUGAUCCAUUAGGAAUGUUUUCUGCUUCCAGUACCACAGCUGCACCGGCUGCACAGCCGCAGGUUGAAGAUUGGGGCUUUGAAAGCUUUGACGGUGGGGCUGGUUCGACCACCGAGCUUGAUGGGUUGCCGCCACCACCACCGGGUGUAUCAGCUACAUCAGCUAAGAGCAAGGGCAUUGACAACCAGAGACAGGGUCAGUAUGCUGAUGCCAUAAAGUGGCUCUCUUGGGCUGUGAUUCUCAUGGAGAAAGCUGGCGAUCAAGCUGGAUCAGCCGAGGUCCUUUCGACUAGAGCUUCUUGUUACAAAGAAGUCGGAGAGUAUAAAAAGGCUGUAGCAGACUGUACAAAGCUAUGGGUGUUAAUGACUCUUGAUGGAAUCAAUACUGACGAGAGUUUUGAGGUACUUGAUCACGACAAGAAGAACGUGAGCAUUAUGGUUCAACGAGCACUCUUAUACGAGAGCAUGGAGAAAUACAAACUCGGAGCUGAAGAUCUAAGGAUGGUUCUGAAGAUCGAUCCAGGGAAUCGAAUCGCUAGAAGCACCGUUCACCGCCUGACAAAAAUGGCUGGUUGAUUGAUUGAUUGAUCCUUCAUAUACCGAUAUAUAUCCUUAAAUGUCUCAAAGAGAAUCAAAAGACCCUUCAAAUCUCUACAAUAGUUCACAUUCGUCUAUCGUAUAUGGACCUUGCGUGUGUGUGUGUGUGUAUCCUUCCUGAGUUUUUGUGGGAUCUUCUAUAAAUGGGGUAAGCUUAUGCAGUACGAGGGUUCUGAAUGUAUUUUUUUUGUUUCGAUGGUGCGUUAUAUUUUGUUAAUUGCUUGUUAUCAAUUGGAUUCUGUUAUACACUACAUUUUUGAAUUUAUCACGGAAAAAUAUGUUUUCUCUUGUUAUUUUCUUACAGUCGAAAUUUGUUAUAAAACUAGUGUGUUUUUUAAUUUUUAGUUACAC